AUUGGGCUCGAAGCGGUCCAGAGGGACGCUAUUGGCUAGGAAAUGUAGAAAGGUGCAGAGAUGGCAACGUGGAGCACAAUGCGUGUUUGCUGGCUAGUGAGCAAAGAUAGAAGCUGUCAGCGAAUUAAACUACCACAUUUAGAAAUGGUGGUGAUAGGGCGUGGGCCUGACACGGAGAUAACAGACAAGAAGUGUUCACGACAACAAGUACAACUAAAAGCAGAUUACAACAAAGGGUAUGUCAAGGUUAAACAGAUAGGAGUCAAUCCAACCAGUAUUGAUCUAGUGGAUGUUGGCAAAGAUCAAGAAACAAAACUGAAGCCAGGACAGAUUCUCCAUAUUGUCAAUAAAUUGUAUCCAUACACUGUACAAUUCUUGGAGGAAAUGGGCACAUGUGCUGGUCGGGAAAACAAGAAACUUGCUGAAAAAAGUGAAAAAAGGCCACACAGUGAACCUGAGAACAAAAAUGUGGAGGGCUUAUCUGGAAAACAAAUAAAAACAGACCAGGUGGAGCUGCAAAACUACAAUUUGUACAACGAAGUGACAGAUGGCAGUUCUGUUUCUUCACUUGAAAACUCUUCUACCAAAAUGGAAUGUAUGCCAUACUGGGCUCAAGGUCUGAAGGUUUCUAUGCAAAACCCAGACAUGCAGGUUUACAAGGAUGAACAAGUUGUAGUUAUAAAGGAUAAAUAUCCCAAAGCUCGCUAUCACUGGUUAGUGCUGCCUUGGAAAUCCAUUUCCACUUUAUUUGCAGUAACUCAUGAGCAUCUUGAACUGCUGGAACAUAUGCACAAGGUUGGAGAAAUGAUAAUCCAGCAGUGCCUGGAGAAAGACAGCCUGCGCUUCAGACUAGGCUACCAUGCCAUUCCCAGCAUGAGCCAGCUACAUCUUCAUGUCAUUAGCCAAGACUUUGAUUCUAAGUGGUUUAAAACCAAGAAGCAUUGGAAUUCUUUCACAACCAAUUACUUCUUGGAUUCUACAGAUGUGAUAGCAGUGAUAAAAAAGAAAGGAAAAGUAACUGUGGAUAAGAAUGCUCUCCAUCUUCUAACACUGCCUCUGAAGUGCCACAUGUGUGAAAAGCAACUGCCAACUAUCCCUCAGUUAAAAGAACACCUUAAAGAACAUUGGCCAAAAUGACACGUGGACUGGUUUUAUUUAUGCACCACAGCUUCCUGAGUAUUGGCUAAAUUCAGUUCCAAUGUCCAUAUGCAAAUAUUAAUGCUAUUGCCUUAUGAAGGGUACCAAAACAUUGUCUACCUUAAUGUGACCAAUGGUAUUGUGGAGGAAAGUGGUUGUUAUGGAUAGAAGGCAAUGUGGAAAUGUAAAAGGUUUGUACAAUGAUGUACUUUUGCUUUUGCAGUGCAACCCUCACCCAAGACAUCUCUCUGCCCUUCCUGCUAAAGAAUUUGUUAUAACUAAUUGGCCAACUAAAGUGAGCCCUGCUGUUGAAUGAAUCUUUUUGUUAUGUGGUAAUUAUGUGUUUUAACUUUGACGUGACAGAAGUUAACUUUGCGCUCACAUUCAGGAUACUAUUCUAUAUUUCAAGCUGAACCUUGGCAUUUACUUUCAAAACUGGCAAGGGUAAAAGGUGAAAAACCUAAAAUGUACUAUAGAAAGAUUUGACUUGUAGUCUGAGAUAUUAGGAUAAUGUUCCAUCCUGUACUGGAGGCAUUUCUCUGCUUUCCCAAUUUGACUUUCAGCUUUUAUCACUAUACUGUUUCUAAGGGGACUGCUGUGGAUGUAGCAGGCGUUAUGAUGUGAAAUCUGAGAUCUUAUUUAAAAAAAAGAAAAGAAUAUCACUUGAACUCCUGUGUUUAUUUCAUUAAGUGUAUGCAUCUACAACGCAAAGCAAUGCCUAUUAAAUUCUACUUCCUGCCUACAUCCUGCAUUUUUUCAAAUGAUCUCAAGAUAGUGAAGAUACUAUUUCUCUUCCACAUGCACCUCCUAUUAUAGUAUCACAGUGCCAUUAAGUAGCACAGGCUGAAAGGAUGGACCUAAGAAACCACUUCAUCCAGCUAAAUAAGAGGAGUUGUUUUUUAAAGGCCAGUGUCUAUUUUAAUUAUCUCUGUUGAUUGCAAUCCUGCAUGAAGCAAUCUGACAAUGUCCCUAAACUCAUUUGAGUUUAUUUAUGAGCAGGCAUAAGUAAGAUAAUUCUGGAAUUCAUGCCUCUAUUAAAUUCUGGGUCACCAAUCCAAGAAAAUAUUUGACUUCAUGAACAAAAAAAACCCCAAAAUAUUAUUGAGAUAUUUCCAUGGGGGCAAGCAAAGCAUAUUUAAAUAGCACUAAAAAUAAACAGAAUAUUGAAACGGAUCCAACAAUUCACCCUUUGAACAUCAACAAACUAGUCAGAAUAGCUCUUAACCUUAGCAGAUUGAUCUCCCAGCAAUUCCACAACCUCAUUGCUAUUGUAGAGAAGCCUUUGUGAAACCCAGUCGAAAAUAAAUUGAAACUACCUAUUGUGUAAGGCAGGGUUUCAGCCCUUCCAGGUGGGACUCCACAAGCAGGUGAGCUAGAGAUGAAGACUGUAGAAUCCCACCCCCCACCUGCCAUUUUUUUUUUGUGCCA